AGUAAUUAGCAAUGUCCCAGAGUCCAGCAGUUCCUCCUCCUCCACCAUGGGAAGUAGUUGGUCUUGUAUGUCAAUAUAUGAACCCUGAAACACUGGCAUUAUGUUCCUGUGUUUGUAAAUUAUGGUACGAUACCAUGUCUUCAGACCAAAUUUGGAAACCUAUAUGCUUCACUCAUUAUCCUCCUCUCUCAUUUCUCUUCCAACAACAGCACCACCACAACUCCCAUCCCACCACCAUCCCCUUUAGACGUCUGUACGCUUUAGGUUAUGUGUCAUCCAAGAUUCGAGGUCUUCGAAACCCUUCGAAACCUCGAAUUUCAAUGGAAGAUUUGAUAUUUGCUGUUGAUGUUUUCAAGGGAAAUUCGCACGUUCUGAAUAUAGCCAGACAAGGAGAAGAUCUCGUUUAUAAAGAUGGUGUUUUUCGUUUUGACAGCGAUGUUAAUUUCGAACUAAAAGAUGACAUGUGUGGAGAUACGAUGAGAGUCACAUGGAGUAUAGUGAUGAAGGGAUGGACUGGAGUUUUCCUGGCAAUGGAUUGUGAAGGAAAAGGUAUGUCUAUUGGUUAUGGUGGUGGUGGAGAACGGUGGUUUUCUCAAGCACUUCCAGCUUCACCUGGUUGUUGUUGGUGCUCUUUUCCUUCUUCUGUUAUUUCAAGCAACUGUAAUAACAAGAAUGGUCUUCUUGCUGAACUAGGCCUAUGUUUCAGUAGUGUAACAUCAAGGAGGAAGAAGAUGGACAAGGUGAAGAUGGGGUUUUUAAGUGUUGGUAGCUGGAGAUAUACAAACAUGGAUGAUGCUCUUCUGUAUUUGCAGCAUUUCCUUCUCCAUUUCCCCUGACCUACUCCUGUUAGUCUUCUGGGAGUACUUUUUUGAUUUUUUUUUUGGUUGAAAACUGCUGUGUUGUAUAUAUGCAUGUUCAAAUGUUCAAACUUGAAAACUUCUGAAAUUACUACUAGUAUAUACUAAAUAGCAUGUAUUUUGGACUUGGAAUCAA